AUGACCGCCCAAAUGCUGUAUGCAGCGGCCACAGCAGUCACCCUACUAUUUGUCUUUGGAUCUUUUCUCAUCAACUACAAUGGCAAAACACGCGACAAGCCCUCCAAGACUACAUCUCUACGGAAGACUGCUCUCCCAGUUAUAUUAGUUUUGUGCAUAUCGGGAUCCCAUAUCUCUGAAGUGAUCAUCCUUUCUCGACAGCGCUAUAGUCUUGAUCAAACUCCAGAUCAAAUAUUCGCGGCUACCACGUUCGCCUUGGCAUGGGCUACAACCUGCCUUCGCAAGGAUGUUCUUGUCCCAGAGUUUUUUGGUCUCUCCUCUAUUUCGCUCCUCUUUGGCAUCCCGGGAUUGGUUCUCGAUGCAAUUGAUCCAGAACCGAGCGCUCGUCAUAAAUCGCUUCUUGUCAUACAGUCUAUUCGAUUACUUCUUGUUGGCGGGGCUCUGAUAUACUGCCUGAUCAUCUCCAUUUCAUACAGAAAGAAACUCAUGCCGGAGGAAGAGGGGGAGACAAGCCCCUGUCUUGACCACAACCAGGAUUCAUACGGCACCGCACCCCUGACAUGCCAAUCCACUAGCAUCCUCGAAUCAUCCUCCAGUCAAGAAGAUCGGGAUUCGGAAGAUUCUGAUGAUGACGGUGAUGAGUCAGACGACUCUCAGACCGGCCAUCUUCGCAAGACUGGCAGUUGGAUGAGUUACAUCCACAGUUUCGAGGUCUUUUUGCCGUUCCUUAUUCCAAGAAGGGACUUCAAAGUCCAAGCCUGUCUCCUGUCCUGUAUCCUGUGCCUAAUUGCCGAUCGUGUUUUGAACAUUUUGGUCCCUCGCCAGCUUGGCAUUAUUGCGGACAAGCUCUUCGCAAGAGAGUUGCCCGGUUCAGAGCUGGGAAUCUACUUAGCCCUAAGUCUUCUCCACGGCCAAUCGGGCCUAGAAAUGAUUACAUCCCUGUCCAAAAUCCCAAUCGAGCAAUUCUCGUACCGGCAGCUUACGAAUGCCGCCUUCAACCACGUCAUGAGUCUGGCAAUGGAUUUUCAUUCUGACAGAGACUCGGCCGAGGUGAUGAAGGCUGUUGAGCAGGGUGAAUCGCUCACCAAUGUCUUGGAGGUCGCGAUUUCAGAAAUCGCCCCUGCCGUUAUAGAUAUGCUUGUUGCAUUUCUGUUUCUGUACAACAAGUUCAACUCAUCGACUGCGCUGUGUAUGCUGGUGGCCACGUUAACAUUCACGGCUUUGGAAGUUGUAACAUCUAGCUGGAACGUGGAAAAUCGCCGUCGGCAAACCAAGGCGGAACGCGCAGAGGCACGGGUGAUGCACCAGGCCAUUCAGGCGUGGCAGACGGUGUCUAUCUUCAACAUGUUCUCGUAUGAACGGUUUCGCUUCGGACAGGCUGUUGACAAGCAUCUGCUUGCAAAGAAGCAUUGGUCCCGAAAAGAUACGUAUACGACCGGGCUGACUGAGGCAUUCUUCCCUGGUACAUUCGCUGUGCUUGCAUACCUUGUCGCCCGUGAAGUUCACGAAGGACGUGCCACUCCGGGAGACUUUGUCUUUCUCAUGCAGUAUUGGGACUAUCUAAUCUGGCCGAUCAAGUAUCUAUCGAAGGAUUACCGAUGGCUCGUCUCUGAGCUUACCGAUGCGGAGCGCCUUCUUGAUCUGUUCAUGAUAAAGCCUACCGUCACUGAUAAUGAGGGCGCUCUAGAUCUUGGCUUAGUCGAAGGGCGUGUCACAUUUGAGCACGUCGGUUUCUCGUACGACGAUAGAAAAAAUACCAUCCAGGAUAUUAACAUCUCUGCUGCUCCAGGAGAGACGAUUGCCCUAGUCGGCGCUACUGGGGCAGGGAAGACGUCUAUCACGAAGCUGCUACUCCGAUAUUAUGAUGUUAGCACAGGAAGCAUCAAGGUUGACGGCCACGACAUCCGCGAUAUAACGCAAGGGUCUCUGCGAGAUGCUCUCGGUGUAGUCCCACAAGAUCCUCUGCUCUUCAAUGCCUCAGUCAUUGAGAAUCUCCGAUACGCAAAGCUCUCUGCCUCAGACGAAGACAUAUACGAUGCAUGCAGAGCCGCAUCGAUCCACGACAGGAUUUUGUCGUUCCCCCGAGGCUACCAUACCAAGGUCGGCGAGCAAGGUGUUAAAUUGUCGGGUGGGGAGGUCCAGCGCCUAGCAAUCGCACGAGUAUUUUUGAAAGAUCCGCCGAUCCUCAUCCUGGAUGAGGCGACAAGUGCCGUCGAUACGGAAACUGAAUCUGAGAUUCAGGGCGCAUUGAAGCGACUGAGUAGGAAGAGAACCACUUUCAUUAUCGCUCACCGACUCUCGACCAUUGUUUUGGCGGACCAGAUCUUAGUCAUGCAUGAUGGUGCUAUUGUGGAGAGGGGAGGCCAUCAGGAGUUAUUGAAAAAACGCGAGAGGUACUAUAAUCUCUGGCAGAAGCAGCGUUUCGACCUAGGAGAGGAACGGGAACCUCCAUUGGUAGAGGUGUAA